GUUCAAGUACAAGAUGGGAGGCCUUUCCCGUCUGCGUCGCUAUGUGAUCCGAGUAGACGCUUACCUGGAUGACAUGUCUCUCAUGGCGAACUCUACGAUCUCCUUCCUCACCGGAGAAAAUGAUGGAGAGAGCCAGCUGUACAACCUGACGGGAAUCAUCCUGGUCCUCGGGAUCUCCACCAUCAUCAUGGUGGUGGUGAUGGUCUGCGUCGGCUACGAGAAGCUCAUUCAGCAGAAGAAGGAAGACUGUUGCGACUUCCUCUGCUGCAGGAGGGAGAAGAGGAAGGGGCCGAAGGUGUCCAUAUCACCCGAACCGCUCAUGGUACAAGACAGAAGGGAAUUGGAUGACGAUUCCCCGACUUCCUCACACAGAUACUAAGCUUCGUCUAGUCUCAGGGAGGAAAAACUGACAGCUCAGUCCGAACUCUAGACUUCUUGUGUUGAAGGCAACGUUUCAAUAAAAAAAAUAUCUUCGUCCAGUUUUGAAAAUACGAAAAGCCAUUCUUUAAUUUUAUUUAUUUAUUUUUUAUUUUAUUUUUUUUUUUUUUUUUUUAGAAAAGGGACGGUGAUUCGAAGUACUCCAGAAGCCGGAGUGAGUUGCCAAUUUUCUUUCCUGAGUUUGGAUGCACUCUACCGAUGGCCUUCUAAGCUGGCGACGAAACUGACGAACAUUUGUACAAGUCCUCGAGUGCAGAAGUUGUGCCUAACGUUUCGUUCCAGGAUUCAUAUGUUUCAAAGUAUUUUUUGAAAAAAAGGUGUAUAUUUGAUGUUUGUUAUUGGAUACGAUAGUUUUAUUAUUUCAAUGUAAGUGUGGGUAUCUAUACCUAUAUUACCAGACACGUAAUAGUUUCACCAGUGCAAGAUGAAUGGGCCAGUGAAAUGACUGUGAGAGAUUCAUCUUGCACGUCGUACCUUGCAUAGUAUGACACACAUUAAAUCACUGGAUCCACAAAAAAUACAGGUACAAGAUACAGUAUUCGGUUAGCGAAAUAUUUAGAAAUAAAAGUACAUUUUUAUUUGGUAAAAAAAGAGAGAGAGAGAGAGAUUCUUAUAAAUAAUAUAUAAGGAACCAAUACCAUAUAAGAACAUCUCUUCAGAAGGGAUACUCCGAUAUUUUCACCGUUUUAUAUAAAGAAUUACGGUCACUGCUUCCUCCACGGGCAAAGAAAGCGGAGAAGGAAACACAGCUGGAGGAGGCAGCGACGGCGGAGGAGCGCGUCUGCGUGUGCCACUCGGUGCCAUUUUUAAAGAACUAACCGUAGUCGACCUUUUACCCGGUGUAGCUGUUCUUUAAGCGUUCAUGAUUAGUGCUUUAAGGCAACACUUCAGGUAGUGACAAAGGGAGGAUUAUACCUCAAAAAAUAGUAAAAGGUGCUGAUUUGGUGAUAUGUCAUCUUUAUUGACAAUGGAUGUGGAUUUCAGGUGAGUGGUUUUGUUAGAUUCAGUUCAGUUAAGAAAUUGAAGAUCGUGCAGUCAUAUGAUAUGAUAUAAUACUCUUAAUCAUACGCACAUGUAUUCAUAUAAACAAAUAAAUAGAUAUAGAUGUUUAUUUAUUUAUUCAUUCAUGUGUUUAUGUUUACAUAUGUAUAUAUAUGCAUGUAUAUUUAUUGUGUAUUUAAUCUUUUCACUUACUUGAUGUUUUCUGCGACUUUGUGUUCCGAAUGCACACUUUAUCAGUCUUUAGCAGAAGAUUCUAUGUAAUACGUUGACAUCUACAUACAGCAUUUUGUGUUUCACCAUUACGCAAAAUAUCUCUAGGAUCAUGAGGUGCAUAUCCCAUCCAUGCGUUAACAUACCUUUCUUGUCUUUAAAAUCAGCGCAUUAUUCCACAUCGAUCGCCAUUUAUAACAUUAUAGGCUAUACCCAACAAUAUAUAUUAGUAUGACCUUUGCCUUUUUCUUCUUCUUAUGAGAACCGACUGCAGUUGCUCUCGGUUUACGAGUAUCUACGUAGCAUCAGUUCGUUAUCUGGACUUCACUAAAAGCCAAGCCUACGAAUGAGGCCAAGUACUCUACGAAUUUCAUGCUCAGUCCUUUCUUUGCCUGCAAGACGUCCUCUGUUCCUCCUUGAAGGGAUUGAGUGAGAGCAGACAAAUUCUUCGAAAAAGAAAGGGAAAAAGGUGGGAUGACGUGUUUGUAUGGGCGA